AUUUCUGCUUUAUCUUCAAAUUGUUGAAAACGGCCGGUGUUAGUCUGUUUUUGCUAAAUGUUGCUACCUGCUGUUAUGUCAUCAAACCCUAAUUUGAAAAUAACACUCUAAAUGACAAUUGAACUACCCACCGACAGUCGUGUGUACUAAAGUUUUUGUCUUGUGAGGUGUAGCUGUAGCAUCUGACACAACAAUUAUUUUCAGGUUAUAUGUCUUUGUACUUUUGUUCAGUUUAAAAGAUGGAAAUCAUGGCAGGAUCAGAUGAAAUUGAAACACCGAAUUCUCGGCAGACCGUCGAUCCUGUUUCAGUUGUCAAGGAAAUCAACAAAUUAGUUACUGUAAUCAAAAGAAAUGAUCAAAAACAGAAAUUAAAUGAGAUUAAUGAAAUGAAACAGCUGCGUUUCCUUAUAUGUGACCACAAUCCAGUUCGCUCAGUAACUGCGUGUCAGGGUCUUAUGUCAUUAGUUGAAGAUGAUGUUCUACAACCCAUGCAUGCUAUUUCUCUCCUAGUUUCAGCUUUUGCCAAUAUUCAAAACUAUUCUGGAGUUACUGCAGCCUUAGCUGUAUUGUUGCGCUGGGAUAUGGACAGCCGUCCAAAACCUUAUGAAUGUCCCUUCUCUUUGUACCCAAUACAACAUCCACUUAUCACACUUCUUAAGCAUAAAAGAGACACUUGGUCAGAUGUGUAUCGCCUUGUUCAAAAUUUUUUCUUUCAUUCAGAAAAGAGAAUUGAGGAAGAAAACAUUUUGGUUUUAAGGCCUCUUCUUCUGUACGUCUUGUGUGAUCCACAAAGUACUCCGCAUUUGCCAGCAGAAAGCCGUCAGAAGACAUGGGCAUUACUGUUACAUUUUCUUGAAGACUUGUCUGUAAGGCAGCUAGUAUUUCAAUGUGUGCCCUGGUUCCAGAUUGCUGAUGAAUCGCGAUGUGUUGAGGCAGGCAUGCUUCUCCUUGACCUAUGUGAAUCAGCUCUAAGGGAACAUGAUGGACCUCUGUGUAUGGCUUUGGCCCCAAUAGCAGCUGCAUCAAUACGUAACCUUGUGACCCGGGGAGCUGAUCCUGAGCCUUGCUUGGCAAUUGUGAUACGUCUCCUCUCGGUUUCGUCCAAUGGAGCUAGCUGUGUCAUGCUUCUGUUGGCUGACACCAUUACUGUUUGCCCUGCAACUUUCCUUGCUUCUAUAAUUAAAUCUUGUAAAGAAAUAUUCAACCUUCAUGCCUGCAGCAGAGUUUCAGUAUAUGCUGUUGUUACUUCAUUACUUCCAUGGUUGGCUUUCCCAUCUGUUCUGACUAGAGGAGCUCUUCAACUCGCCACUAAAUUUUUGGUUGAAAUACGUGACUCUCCAGCCAGCUGCUGGAGCAACACUGCCAGCUCCUUAUGUGCAAAUCCUUGGUUCAGAUUAUUAAGACAUUCAUUUGAGAAUGUUCAUGAAGCUGCAGAACUGUGCCGAGUAAAUGAAUCAUGGCGCAGUGAGACUGAAGCAAACAAGUGGAUAGAUCUUGUGAAAACAUCUUGUCCUACAUUUAUUGCUAGAUUCUCACCAUAUUUUUGUUCCCUAUUAAUAUCGAACUCCUUUAGUGAUGUAAAGGAUGAAGACGAUUCUGUUGAGUGGCCUGCCUUGUCAAGUUUAGUGUGGUUAGCCAAUAAUCAAGCAAGUGUUAGUGGUAGGAUCACACUCACUCUUUUGUACCAGCUUGCUCAAGAAAAAAGACCAUUACAACAGUUAGCACUUUUCAGAGCAAUAUCAGUUAUGGGAAAGUAUGAGGAAAAUAUGGUACUUAUUUUAGGGGUUCUCAAAUCUUUGAUGGUUGGGGGUUUCUAUUCUUCCACAUUGGCUUUAGAUUUGUUUGUCAGAGUUUGGAAAGUGCAACCAAGAGCAUAUCGUUUUCUCCAUGACCUCCUCACUACACCCUUCAAAGGAGACAACCAGGACCUGCUCUGGGAAUCAAACAUUGCAAAAGCGGCAGCAAUCAAUGAAAUUUGUUCCACUAGCCCAGAUGCUCAUGGCUCAGAAUUAGUCCCCUUGCUAUCACAAAUUUUAACUCAAAAUGCAUCCCCUGAGGGAAGUGUGGCCUCAUCUUUAGCUGUGCAAGGAAUAACCAGCCUUUGUAGGGCAGGAAUCAUGGAUGUAGCAAGCACAUGGCGAGGCUUGGCCCCUAAACUUAUGCAGGACAAACGUCCAGGCGUCAUUGUAAGUUUAUGUGAGCUGUUAAGUGUUGUUUCAUGCCUAUCAACUACUACAGGAAAGUAUGAAGAAUUUAUUGCCGAUGUUAUUGUCACUUUGUGGAGCUGGGCCCAACAUGCUAACAGUGAAGUUGCCUGUGCAGCACUCAAGUCCCUUUCUGAGUUUCACAUGGAUCAGAUUACAUUGAAGUCACUACCAGCUGCAUUUCGUCAAAACCUAAAACUUCCAUCAGCAUUUUGCAAAACCCCUAUAGAUGCCAAACGAGACCCCGUAGAGGUCUUGCCAUAUGUUCCUGGCGAUUGCUGGAAACAAGUUUUAGAAAGCUUAGGCUCUCAUGAGGACAGAAGGGCAGCAGUCUGCUCUAUGUUAACAAGCUGGAUGCGUAAUGAAAUUAAACUAUUUCACCGGGGAUUGUACAACCAAUCACCCUCCAAACCUGAACCAACAUCUUAUGAACAUCUGCAUGACAGUAGUAUCUUGAGAGCGAUGUUCAGUGUGGCAUACCAGGCCAAAUAUAGUCUCAAAUUGUCCGCUCUGGCAUUGACUGUUCUUGCCAAAGACCUACCUAGGCCUCUUCCACCUGUCACAUGGAACUUUAUCGAGGAGAAGCUAAAGGAGGGUGGAACAGUGAGAAAGAACUGUCUGGAAAUAUUAGCUAAACAAUGUAAAUCAUCUCAAUCUGCAAAUCGCAUUCUACUCGCUACAUUAUCUUCUCUCAGUCUCCCAGAUGAUGUGGAGGAUUGUAAGACAAUCUUUACUGUGCUCAAUUAUCUAGGGCAAGGAAUACCGCCAAAUCAUCUUGGUCCCUUUGUUGAUAGAUGUCUUGCCCAUGCGGUUGAUGAGAUGAAAUCUGACACACUUUUAAAGACUUAUCUGGGGCACAUGAAAGUGGCACUUCGCUCUCAAGAUUUGCAUGAAAGCAAUGUAGCAACACUUGCAAAUAUAAUAGAAAAACUUGUGGAGAAAAUAAAUUUGUCUGACAAAGUUUUUGAUUCCUUUGAGGAAUGUGCUUUAGUGCUACCCAGUAAGAAUGUUGAACGUCUAAUAUCACCAUCUCUCUGGUGGGAGGUUUCUCUUAAGAAAGUUUUGUGUGCUAUUCGUGUGAGUUCUGCAAUUGCAAUGGCACAGGAUUCAGAUAUGCCAUUGGCUGCACUCAAUGACACAAUUGAUAUUUGUGCUGAUGGUGACUUAAAAGCUCAAGAGUGCUUGCUGGAGUCUGUUAUGCGAGUAGUGAGAGUUUGUCGAGACCAUGAGUCAAACAGUCGUUGGUUGCUGCAAUUGCUCGGAAGGAUUCAGGCUAUUAAAGCAAACAAGGACACUGAGAAUGAGAAAAAAUCUAAGAUGCUUCUGUCAGUAUGUGAUCUUCUCCUAGUGACUGUCAUAAGCCUUGCUGGCCAUGAUAUUCUAGCUGGUGAUCCAAAAAUUAUAGCUUCAAGCAGUCAAGAUCGUCACCUCCUGUUUCCUCAAGCUCUUUGGGCUUUACUUAAUACAAACUCAACAUGGAAAAACCUUAGCUCUCAGGUAAUUGAGUGGUUGUAUGACAUGAGUAUAGCAGCUGAGGUACCUAGUCUUCUAGCACAGACAUUCCGACUGGCCAUCACUCCCCUCAGGUACCAACAGCAUUUUAAAAAGACUACUGUAUGGAUGCGUAUUUUGUCAUCUUAAAAUGGAAAUUUUCGAUUUUUACAAGAGAUGGUUGUGAGAGACAAUAAUGUGCAAUAGACAUACCUAACAUAGGCCUACCUAACAAUACUCAAUAAACUAUUUUUUAAAGUUUAACUGUUAAAA